AUGGGCCUGAGCGCCGCCGUGUACCGCGCCGUGCGGCGCAAGGGCUACCAGGUGCCGACGCCCAUCCAGCGGCGAACGCUGCCGAUGGUGCUGGCGGGGCAGGACGUGGUUGCCAUGGCGCGCACCGGGUCCGGCAAAACGGCGGCGUUUCUCAUUCCCAUGAUCGAGCGGCUCAAAGCGCACUCGAACACGGCCGGGAUUCGCGCCGUGAUUCUCUCUCCUACGAGAGAGCUGGCGCUACAGACGUUCAAGUUCACCAAGGAGCUGAGCAAAUUCACCGACCUCCGAGCGGCCGUGCUGGUGGGGGGAGACAGCAUGGAGGGGCAGUUCGAGGCGCUCUCGCGCAACCCGGACAUUCUCGUCGCGACACCUGGCAGGCUCAUGCACCAUCUCGCUGAGGUGGAGGGUAUGAGCCUGAAAUCCGUGGAGUAUGUUGUUUUUGACGAGGCUGACCGGCUUUUUGAGAUGGGGUUUGCCAUCCAGCUGAAGGAAAUUUUGCGCGGGAUGCCCGAGUCACGGCAGACGCUGCUUUUUUCGGCCACGCUGCCCAAGAUGCUUGCGGAGUUCGCCCGGGCAGGUUUGCGGGAGCCGCAGCUGAUCCGAUUGGACACAGAGACGAAGCUGAGCCCUGAUCUGGCGCUUUGUUUUUUCACGGUCAGACCGCAUGAGAAAAUGGCCGCCCUUCUGCAUUUGCUUCAGGAGGUUAUUCAGGUGGGGUCAGCGGCAAGUGGGGGUGGAAGGGAAAUAAGGGAAGAGGGGGAGGAUGAGGAAGAAUUAGGAGAAGAAAGGGAAGAUGAAGCAAGAGAAAGGGAAGGGAGAAGGAGGGGGUUUGCUGGGAGGGGCAAUGGAAAGCAGACAAUUAUAUUCGUGGCAACAAAGCAUCAUGCUGAGCUGUUACACGAAGUGUUACAGUCCGAGCGGUUACCAUCGUCGGUAGUUUACGGUGCCAUGGACCAAACUGCCCGAAAAAUCCACAUCGCCAAGUUCCGGGCAGGCAGAACAUCUCUCCUCAUCGUGACCGACGUUGCUGCCCGAGGUAUCGACAUCCCUCUCCUCGACAACGUCAUAAAUUUCGACUUCCCCCCCAAGCCGAAACUUUUUGUGCAUCGGGCAGGCCGAGCAGCGCGCGCGGGCCGUUCGGGCACCGCAUAUUCUUUUUUCACGGCAGAAGAGCUGCCCUUCGUGCUCGACCUGCACCUUUUCCUCUCCAAACCCAUCCGCCCGGCGCCGCUAGAUUCCGAGAUCGAGGCGACAGGUGGCGCGAGCCUAUUGGCCGCAAAGGAAGCGCAGGAGCGGUGCGAAACAGUCUACGGAAGAUACAUUCAAACCGAGCUGGACCGUUAUUUGGAGAGGCUGAGGGAGCUGGAGAGCUCGAGUGUGGCUGUGGGUAUGCUGCAGAAGGUGGCAGGGAAGGCUAUGAAGCUGUACCUGAGAACACGGCCGGCUGCGUCGAACGAGAGUGCGAAGCGGAGCAAGGCGAUGGCGGGGAGGGAGGGCGUGCACCUGCUGCUGAGGGAGCGCUUGGGCGGGCUUGAGUCGGCUGCUGCUGCUUUUGCGGAGCACCUGAAGAAGUUCCGGCCGAAGCAGACAGUCCUGGAGCUCGAGGCAGAAGCAGCCACGGCGAAGAAGAAAGUGGGCCCCAUAGCAGCGGGGUUGGAUGUAAUGCGGGCGAAGAGGGAGGUGCACCAGACAGCCAUCAGCAAGCGGCGAGACAAGCUGGUGGCGGAGGGGCGCGAGGUGUGGGGCCAUGGGCUGGGGGACGAGGAGGAGGAGGAUGAGGAGGGUGGAGAGGUGGAGGAGGGGGAGGGAGAGGAGGAUGAGGUGGGGGAAGAGGUGGAGGAGGGGGAGGGAGAGGAGGGAGAGGAGGUAGAGGAGGGAGAGGAGGGUGAGGAGGGGGAGGAGGAUGACGAGGAGGAUGAUGAAUUUACUGGUGUUUUGGAGGAAGAUGAGGGAGAGGAUGAAGGGGAAGAGGGAGGGGAGGAGGAUGAAGUGCAUUGGGAGAGCGGCCUUUCAGUCAACGGGCGGCCCAAGAACGAGUUCUCAGCUGAAGUGCAGAAGUUCGAGGCAGAGGUGCUGGAUCUGGCGCCUGAUGAUGGCGAAGGGGCGCAGAAGAGGAAAUCAGUGUUCCACUGGGAUAAGAAGAGCAAGAAGUAUGUCAAGCUGAACCCUGGAGAGACCCUGGGUCCGUCGGGCAAGGUGCGCACGGAGAGUGGCACCAAGACGAGUGCGGGUAGCAAGGGCAUCUACAAGCGCUGGAAGGAGAAGACGCACAUGCGCGUGGGCGGCAGAGGGCCACGUGGCAGUGCUGGAUUGGACGCGGGCGAGGAUGCUGAUGGUGCUGGCGGCUUCUCGAGGGGGAGGGGAGGAGGGAGAGGGGGGAGAGGAGGCCGAGGAGGCAUGUCGGGCAGAGGAGGGGCAGGCGGGCGAGUGAGGGAUGAGCUGCGCAGCGUGGAUGAGGUGCGGAAGAUGCGCCAGACUGCCAUCGCUAGAGGGGGCGGGGGGAGAGGAGGGAGUGGAGGGAGAGGAGGGGGUGGGGGGAGAGGAGGGGUUGGGGGGAGAGGAGGGGGUGGAGGAAGGGGUGGGAGUGGAGGGAGGGGAGGAAGGGGAGGGAGCAGAGGGAGGGGAGGGAGUGGAGGGAGGGGUGGAGGGAGGGGAAGGGGUGGAGGAAGGUCGAGUUCUAGUGGGAGAGGGGGUGGUAGAGGGGGCAAAGGCAAGAUGGGAAGGGGUGGGAAUCGUAUGUAG